UUUUUUAUGCAGUGUUGUUAUUCUAGUUAGUAUUGCAAUGUGUGUUUGAAGUUGUUGCUUUUUUACAAUGUGAAGAAAGCAGUAAAAUCCACAGAUCGAAAAGUAUUUACGUAAAAGCAUGACAGAAUCUGGAAAAACCGAAUUACAUGAUAGAGAUGACAGCUUAUCAAUGAUGGAUUCUACGAAAAACAGUAGAAACAACAGGUGUUUGAAAAUUCAGCUGAUUUCUGCAAAGAUUGCGUACUUUUUUACAUACUGCUUUCUUGGUUCGUACAAACCAUAUAUUGUCGUCUUCCUGACAUCAAUUGGUUUAUCAGCAAGCAAGGCUGGACUGAUCUUUGGUAUCUGUCAGUUAGCUUCGUUUCUUUUUUCACCAGUUUGGGGGGUUUUAAUUGAUCGAACUGGAAAGAAAAUAUUGUUUACAUUCGUAAUGUUAUUUGGCAUCUUUGCGACGUUGUUUUCGGCUCCUUGGAUAGCUGCAAAAUAUAAAUGUGACCAAAGCAUCACUGGAUAUGUCAGUUUUAAUCAUUCGAGUAACUCCAAUAUAUCAGCUUCCUCAAAAGCUUGUUUAUACAAAGAUGGUUCUAGAACUUUGUUUUACACUAUGUUGGUUGUGUUCACAGUAUGUUCGAUGUGUGACCAACCGUUUUUUGCAUUUUUUGAUUCCGUAGUGACAAGAAUUGUUAGUCUCUAUAAAGAUGAAGUUACGUUUGGGCAACAAAGAACAUUUGGUUCCAUUGGUUAUGCAGCAGCUGCUUUCGUGUCCGGCCUUGUCGCUGAUAAUUUUAAACAUCCAAUAUUAUCCCCAUACAGUGCGGUAUUUUUUGUGCUUUUACCAUUCCUAAUUGUAUCCAUCCCAUUUGUUGUAAGUCUGGUGAGAAAAGCAACAUUUAGAAAUGAAGGUGAAAAAAAGGAAAAUAAGCAAACCACGAUGCUUAUGAAGCUAGCAUUUAAAACAUGUUGCAAAUUGGAUAAUUUUGUAUUUCUCUUAACUGUAUUUGUCAAGGGAGCCAUGAGUGGGUUGAUGAAUAGUUUUUUGUUUGUCUUUAUGGAGAAGGAGAUGCAUUCUAACAAGUCUGUAAUGGCCUUAUCAGUCGUUGUGGCUUGUAUAAGCGAAGCAGCUAUUUUCUCAUUUGCAUCUCUGAUUAUCACUAAGCUUAAGGGGCCAAUUCAAUGUCUUAUCAUCGGUUUGUUUUCUAUUUGUAUCCGUUUUAUCAUCUUCUCGUUUGUGCGCAAUCCAUGGUUAAUUUUACCAUGUCAACUCUCACAUGCGUUAGAUUUUGCUUUAUUUUGGGGAGCGUCUGUUGAACAAACAAAAAGAAUAAGCCCCAAGGACAUUUUGGCAACGAUGUUUGGCAUUCUAUACAGUCUUCAUUUUGCUCUGGCGUCCUUGAUAAGUAGUAUCGCCGGUGGAGUCAUUUACGACGCCUUUGGUGGACGUAUGUUAUUCCGUGGUGCUGGUAUCGUCGGUUGUGUAUGGUGCGCUAUGGUGAUCUUCUAUAACUACAUAUGGAAAUGUACUCCUCCACUUAACGCAAGAAACAACGACUCAACAAUCAACGAAAUGUUAAAUAAAAGUAGUGAUUUAUAAUAUAUUAUCUAUAUUUCAAAGAUAUAUCCACAAGAUGGUUUAAAUGCACCGUAGUGUAAUUGACUUCCAUACUGCUAUUUGAUUUGUUUGUUGCACUUGUGUAUUUUUUGGUCGUCUUUUCACUUUUCUUAUUACUGUAAUUUACUUUUUAUUUUCCGACGCACAAAUAGGAAAAAAAAUAAAUACAAAUAUUUAAAGGUUAACAAAACCAGCCAUUUCGGCAAGAAGUUC